AUGCCCAUCACUCUUCCCAACGAUGUCCUCCUCUUGAUCGGAGAACAUUUGGACCGGCAAGAUCGCUGGAACCUCUUGUUCGUCUCCAAGCAUUUUCAUGAUUUGUUCCUGCCGCUUUUCUACCGUUCGGUCGCUCUUCACAACUGGCAUAGCACCUUUUCGUUCCUCCGCGCCAUAUUGAAGCGACCAUCACUUGCACGCGCAGUUCGACAAUUGGACCUGGACGCUUGGCAAUCACAAAGCGUAUCAGAUGAUGAACGGGCCCAGAUUCGUGACUCUGUACAGCUGAGGGAUUGGUUGGCAGCCAUCUCGUACUCAGAGGACGAGCAGUUACACUGGAGAGAGGAUCUUCAAAAUGGCUGUGGGGAUCCCUGGGUUGCCCUGGUGCUUCCUCUGUUGGGUCAAUUGCGACGCCUGCGUUUGGCGUAUGCAUCGAACACUCCUUACUUGGGUCAGCUUAUGCAAAGAGCCGUUAACCCCGAAACGCCAUUGGAUGGUCGCCCGGUACUUAGUCGAUUGAGAGAGGUCUCGCUGUGCCACCGGGAGGAUCUGGACCGCCCGAUAAACCAAGACGAUGCUGAACGAGAGGAUCAGUCAUCACCGUCAUCAACAUCCCUGAUUCUUCCGUUUUUCCAACUGCCCUCGGUGCAGUCGCUCCACGCGGAUUCCGUGGUUGAUCCUAGCUCCGGCACAUCGGGGAUCUCUGAGGACGGGGGAAAUGUGAAGGAGCAAUGGCCUACUGGAUUCUCCUCCAUUAAAGAGAUCGAUCUUCGCUCCAGCAACGGAAAUCACGGUAUGGAGAGUUUGAUCGCGUCAUGUGCAGAUCUGCGGUCUUUCAAAUAUCAGCAUUCCGACGCGCAUAUCCUUUCACAUGGCUACCAACCAUCCGCCUUCCAUCGGUCUUUGACACACAGCAAGAAUAGUCUUCAGACCCUGUGGUUGGACCAACAUGGCGAUCAUUACCCCUUCACGGCCGUCGGACUGAACCAAACGCACGACGAGUGGUUCGGGUCGCUGGCCGGCUUUCUGGCUUUACGGGAGGUGCGUAUUCGACUGCCCAACCUUCUGGAUAUCCGAUACCAGAGUCAGCCGAGCACACCUCUGGUGGAUUGCCUCCCACCCAAACUAGAGACUCUCUAUAUCGAGGGAUGUGAGGAACGGAAUCUGUCCAUGCUCGCCUCGCAGCUCCAGACUGUGAUCAAGAACCGCCAGGCCAAGGUACCGCAACUCCAUCGAGUGGAUAUCGAAGGCGCAUUUCACGAUGAUGCUUCCGACGACUCGGGACACACCGAGCCCUCUCCGACCGAGUGUCCUGAAAAUACGAUCAAAGAAAAGAUCCUUCAAGCCGCUGAGCCUUUGCACGUGGAUUGUCUCAACGCGGGAGUCGAGCUUCAUCUCCUCGACCGCAUGUGUUCUGCCCCCAUGGAGGUAUCAUGGUGA